ACUUCAAGCUUCAAGUACGACGGACCACGUCCCUCCACAACCGUAGUUGUACGCCUCAAACUGUUCACGACCUUUGUACGACCUUUACUCCACGACCGAUCUCGAUUGUUUCAGUUACGCGAACUUCUCCUCUCCACAAUGCCGUCGGUAUUUCGCAAUUGGUUUGGCGGCUCCAGCAGUAAUCAGACUUCGGCCAAAUCAUCGCACUCUCGUUCCAAGUCUGCUCCACAUAACAUCUAUGCAGCAGCGCCCGGCACCCCGACAGGUGUCCCGCUUUCCCGACCAGAGACGCGUAGGGCCCACACCUACUCAACUUCGCAUUCCGCUGCACCCUCUCCCCUUCGGUAUGCAACCGCCACGCCUGAUACGAGGACCGCAUAUGGCUACGGCAGGCGGGGUAGCUCAAGCUCUCACAAUGCUGACCUAAGGCCACAAGUCCUCAAGCGAGCAAGCACCAAUCCCAAAGGAACUGCUCCCAUAUACACCUCGGCUGGAGGUUUUACACCAGCCAGCUCGAGAUCUAACUCGAACUCGUCAAUGUUUACGACUAUGAGCAGUGCACCUUACGGGUCGUCGAGAUCGGACAGCGGGCACCACCAUCCGCACGUCACGUAUGCAGACACCCGGCCUCCUCUCACGUCAAACAAUAGCUGGCAGACAGCUGGCAGUGUGGCGAGCGCAUCCUCAUUCGGCUCGUACGGCCGGUCCCGGACACACUCGCAGCCAACGGCGUACGUCCACCCACGCCAAGGAGCCUUGCACAUGCACCCGCUACUCGCGUACACUCGGUUGCAUCGCGCACCGAUUACGUAUGACGUCUCGUUCUCGCCAUCUGCGAGGACGGUUCUCGACCGCGCGACACACAGCGCGAUUCCCGCGCACACCCUCGCUCAACCUGCGACGGACCCGCCCACACCUUCCUCCUCAAAGCUUAUCCUCCGCUCGGAGAAGUUCCCAUGGCCGGUCAUCGUCUCUGGCGCGGGCCCGCGAUUCACCAUCGGUCCGCCGAAGAGCGGGCGGGGUGGGAGCGGGAAUUCCAUCACGAUCCUCGACGUGUUGCAUGCUGUGCACACGACGCUCUGGACACCGAUAACACCCGAGGAGUGGGAGGCCCUCGGCAGUGCGCAGAAGAAGGUUGCAAAACGCUUCGAGGCGCGUUGUGAGCGGAUGAACAUGGAACGCCGCAGCGGUGUGCGUCGGAUAGACUGGCUUGGUGAGAAGACCAAGCUCGUCGGCGUCGAGGUCGACAAAAGCGCUGGAAUUGGCAAGCUUAUCUUUUCAAAGUAAAGCCUGCCUUUCUCGUCAAUCCCCGUUUCUUGUUUCUCGCGUCCGGUUUGAUACUGGACCAUCAAAAUCGCUGGUUGCGUGCUUGCUAUGCUAUCGCUCUCAUUUUUUCUGGCUGUUUGAUGCGCUCUCGUCGCGCCCUCAUGACUUGUUAUGCUCAUGUACCAUAGGUCAAUGCCCCUAGUUUUCACUCGACAUGCACGGACUCUGUACAUUAUCACAUCUCUUUAGCUCUAGGUUCCUUCGGAUGUCAUCGCCACUUAUAGGAUACAUGUACUUACAUACCCAUGCCCUUGUACGCAGCUUUAGCCCGUACUAUAAUAUACCAGUUAUCGC